AUGGAGCGCGAGCUGCCGGAAGAGUGCCCCGAGUGCGAAAGCGACGACAUCAUCGAGGACUGGGCCCACGGGAACGCCGUCUGUCGCUCCUGCGGCCUCGUCGUCCAGGACCGUUUGCUCGACCUCGGCACCGAGUGGCGCACCUUCACCGCUGAGGAAGGCGACGACCCCAACCGCGCCGGACCCGCGGCUAACCCCCUUCUAGAGGGCGAGCAGGGGACCAGUAUUGGGAAUGGUGCUAGGGGAGGGGGGCAGCUUAAUAAGGCACUCAAUCGUGCUCAGCAGAGAAAUGCCAUAUCUGACGCCGAUAAAGUCAUGAUUGCCGUCAUGGGUAGGAUUGAUAGGUUCUGCGAGCGUCUUUCAUUGACGGGGUCCAUCUCGAAGAGGGCAAAGGAAUUGUUUAAGAGGUACCGCGACCAUUUGACCCUCAAGAAGACCGCGUCCAAUCCGGAUGUCUUCACGAGAUCCCGCCCGUUGCGAGAUGAGGAAGUCAGCGAGAUUAUUGCCUCCAGCUUAUUCAUUGCAUGUAGGAAUGAGAAGGCCGCGCGUACGUAUAAGGAGAUCUGCGGCUUGACAAAGGUCCCGAAGAAGAACGUGGGCGCCACGGUCAAGAAGAUGGAGCUCGUGCUGGAGGGCGCGAAGACCACCUACGUCAGGGGGACUGAUGACUUUGUUACUCGAUUCUGCAAUCUCCUCGACUUGCCGAGGGAUGUUAUUAAUGCCGCCGAUGCCGUCGCCAACGCGCUACAGAACCAGGAGGGCGUAUACGGGAAGACGUACACCACCGUCGCCGCUUCCUCGAUUUAUGUUGUCACCCAGCUCAGCGACGAUAAGCACGUACGCACGGCGAAGGAGAUCGCCGACGUUACGGGCGUGGCCGAUGUCACCAUCAAGACCACGUACCGCCUCAUCUAUCCUUAUAUUAAGAAAGUCCUGCCCAAGGAUUUCAAGCCUGCAAAACCGCUGUCGCGACUUCCGCCGCCCUAAGAUUUUCAGCCCAGGCGUAGAUGGUUAUCUUUUUAGGGACACGGGAAUUAAAUGCACUCAUCGCCGUAAAGUCUGCAUACCGGACGCAGUUCAUCAUAUUUUUUAGGAACACAAGGUUGUCAUGCACGGAUUGCAACAAGCUGGGUCAUGAAACCAUUGGGGGUUGUAUUGUACGAGCGCGUUGUAUUCGUGUAGGGUGCUUCACUUAAACUGCUUACUUUGCCCUUA